GCGCGGGACUGGCUCGAAGGCGAGCGACAUGGCAACAACACAGCCCUUCUUGACCAGUCUCUCAUCUUGGCUACCUCUGCUUCCCACAUAAUCAUUAUUGUGACUUUUCUGUAAGCGCAUUGGACAUCUCUCAUAGAGCUGGUCUUACCAGAUUGCCGAGAGCAUCUUGGCUAGUCAGUCAGUCGUCCAAAGCGUGCCACGGCAAGGCGACCAACAUGUCGAGCGCCGAUAUGUCGAGCGCCAACCUCUCCAAGGUCAAGCACAUUGUGCUGGUCCUUUCCGGCAAAGGCGGGGUCGGCAAAUCCUCAGUCACAACCCAACUCGCCCUGUCCCUCUCGCUGGCCGGCCACUCGGUAGGCGUCCUCGAUAUCGACCUCACCGGGCCCAACAUCCCUCACAUGUUCCGCGUUGAAGACAAUGCACGCAUCACACAAGGCCCAAGCGGCUGGAUACCAGUCAAGAUCCACGAUGCCGACCCCUCCAAGAACCUCGGUCCCCUCAGGAUAAUGAGCCUCGGGUUCCUGGUCAGGCGCGGCGACUCAGUUGUCUGGCGGGGCCCGAAGAAGACGGCCAUGAUCAAGCAGUUCCUUACCGACGUCUCCUGGGGCGAGACGGACUACCUGCUCAUCGAUACCCCGCCAGGCACCAGCGACGAACAUAUCUCGGCCGUCGAACAUCUCCUCAAGCUGACGCGAACCGACCAGCUCACCGGCGCGGUGUUGGUGACAAUGCCACAGGACAUGUCCACUGCCAUGGUGCGAAAAGAGCUGGACUUUUGCCGUAAGACGGGUCUGAGUGUCAUUGGCAUAGUGGAGAACAUGUGUGGCUUCGUCUGCCCGCACUGCUCGGAAUGCACAUACAUAUUUAGCAAGGGUGGCGGCCAGGUGCUUGCGCAGGACUUUGGGACUGAGCUGCUGGGGAGUAUUCCUAUCGACCCGCAGUUCACCAAACUCAUCACAUCGGGCAAGAGGCCUUGGUAUCCUGACGGCACGGUUCUCGAAGGCCGGGAUUUGUCGAGCACAACUGAGGCACCCCCUGUCCCAAAUGAGGAACAACCCAGUGACGACGAUGAUCCACUGGCGCUGAAGUAUAAGGACUGUGCAUUGAGUUCGGUAUUUACGGGUAUUACAGCGGGCGUGCUCAAGGCAGCUGGCGGCCCAUGAUGAACAAGGGCUGCCAAUAGAAGGCCAAGAUGAUAACCGGAGCCAGUCUGCAAAGAAAGUUGCUCCAAGGGCAUCUGGGCGGCUGAGGAAGUUACUCAGCCACUGGUUUGGAUAGAUGUGCUCAAGAGCCAUGUCGUCGCAUCCCGCAUAGUCAUCCUCUAUAAGCAUUUGCAAGGGUUGAAUGGCCAUGCCACUUCAUAUUAGGUAACCUCAACCUCAAUGGGAGCACGAGCGUUGGGCGCUGGCCUCUGGCAGGUCGAUACUUCAUUCCCAGCAUGACGAGGGAAGACCGGUCGCGCCGGAACACCACCACCCAUCGUCAACUCAUAUAAGCAGCGCGAUUCGUCUGCAACUGAGAAAUGAUCUGACUUCAAGCCCCCGAAA